AGCAGACUAAAUCCUCUGUUUCGCAAAUGAUCAGGAAAAUUAUAGCUUGUUGCUGAAUUUUAAAAACAAUGUCAACACAUAAUGGUUUUCAGUGUUGUGGAUCCUGAGUAGGAGGUUAACUGAGGCUUGUCGAAACUUCACUUAAAUGUAUCUCAUCUCCCGCUGGAGUGGACAAGCAGGGAGGAUGAUUGACUUUGCCUCCACUCUCCUCAGACAAGUCUAAUCCCCAAAUCCUCAUCAGGGUCACUGAGACUCUAUGACACAGUUAGAUGGACUCAGUACCUACAGGUGUUAGUUGCCUAGCUACAUGUUGUUAUACAUUAUUAAAUAGCAUUCAGUGAUUGAUGAUACAAUAAAUCUGUGGAUACCGUGAGUGUCUAAGUUCCAGGAAAGUACACAACUAAAGGGAAAUGGACUUUAAAUUACAUUAAGGAUCGGAAAAGAGUAUUCUACAGUUCUGCUGCAAUGGCCACUGCCACCCAGGCCUUGCUCACCUCGCCACCUUAUGUUCCACCUCACUUUACCAGUGACAGUGACGAUGACAUAAGUUCACCUCAAUCAACGCCUCUUCAUAUAGGCAACACGAACAAUAACAACAACAAUGAAGAAGAGAAAAAGAAAAAAAGGAAAAAGGAGAAGAAGGAAAAGAAGGAAAAGAAAGAAAAAAAGGAGAAGGAGAAGAAGGAGGAGGAAGAAAAAGAAAAAGAAAAGGAGAAAGAAAAAGAAAAGGAGAAAGAAAAAGAAAAAGAAAAAGAAAAAGAAAAGGAGAAAGAAAAAGAAAAAGAAAAAGAAAAGGAGAAAGAAAAAGAAAAACAAAAAGAGAAAGACAAGAGCAAGGACAAAGAUAAGCCAGCAGAAAUAUUUGUCAUUAAUCCUGCUGGAAAUUUGUAUUACAACUGGCUGUUUAUCAUUACGCUACCAGUGAUGUAUAAUUGGACCAUGAUCAUAGCCAGGGCUUGCUUUGAGGAGUUGCAGCAUGACUACAUAAUUUACUGGGUUAUUCUGGACUACACCUCAGACCUUAUCUACCUGGCUGAUAUGUUCUUCAGGGCCAGAACAGGUUACCUUGAACAAGGCCUACUAGUGAAAGAUAAGAAGCUACUUUUGGAUCGAUACAUCAGCAGCUUUCAGUUUCGUCUCGAUGUUCUCUCCAUGCUGCCCACUGACAUCUUCUACUUCGUCCUUGGCAUUGACUACCCAGAGAUCCGCAUAAACAAGCUUCUGAGGAUUGGGCGCAUGAUGGAGUUCUUUACCAAAACAGAGACUAAAACCAACUACCCCAACAUCUUCCGUAUUGCAAACCUUAUCAUGUACAUCCUUAUUAUCAUCCACUGGAAUGCUUGCUGGUAUUUCUCUUUUUCCAAAUCUAUUGGAUUUGGUGCUGAUGACUGGGUUUACCCUGCUCUGGAUGAUCCUGAGGAGCCUGAGUUUGGACAGCCCAUGAGGAAGUAUGCUUUCAGCCUGUACUGGUCCACACUGACUCUGACAACUAUUGGAGAAACCCCACCACCAGCUUUGGACUCAGAAUUUCUCUUCCAUGUUGUGGACUUUUUAGUUGGAGUCCUAAUCUUUGCCACCAUUGUGGGAAACAUUGCCACCAUGAUCUCCAACAUGAAUGCAGCCCAAGCCCAGUUCCAGUCCCGCAUUGACAACAUUAAGCAGUACAUGCAGGUUCGAAAGGUUAGUAAGGACCUAGAGUUGCGAGUCAUCAAGUGGUUUGACUAUCUGUGGAAUAAUGGCAAGGCACAGGAUGAAAGAGAAGUGCUGAGGUAUCUCCCAGACAAGCUAAAAGCAGAAAUAGCCAUCCAAGUCCACAUGGAGACGCUAAAGAAAGUUCGGAUUUUUGCAGACUGUGAGGCAGGCCUGCUGAUUGAGCUGGUGCUCAAACUCCGCCCACAGGUGUUCAGCCCUGGAGAUUAUAUCUGUAAGAAAGGCGACAUUGGUCGUGAGAUGUAUAUUAUCAAAGAUGGAAAACUGGCAGUCGUUGCCGAUGAUGGUGUGACACAAUUUGUUGUACUCGGAAGCGGCAGCUAUUUUGGUGAGAUUAGUAUUCUUAAUAUUAAAGGUAGCAAAGCGGGUAACAGGCGGACCGCCAACAUUCGCAGCAUUGGAUACUCAGAGCUCUUCUGCCUUUCCAAGGAUGACCUGAUGGAAUCAUUGUCAGAGUAUCCAGAUGCCAAAGGCAUGCUUGAGGAUAAGGGUCGGCAGAUCCUGAUGAAAGAUGGUCUUAUAGACUUGGAUCCAGCUAAUAUCAAACCUGAGCAAAAAGAGCUGGAGGAGAAGGUAAACAAAUUGUAUGGUACCAUGGAGCUGAUGCAAGUCAAGCUGAAGAAGAUCUUACGAAAUAACGAAAAUGCAGACAAAACUCUAAAACAUCGUAUUAUAGAUCUUGAGCGCUUAACUGGAGAGGAGGUAGAAGAAGAUGAGGAAGAAGGAGAAGAUAAAAAGGAAGAGAAAGAGGGGGGUGGGGAGAAAAGGGAAGAGGAAAAGGUAGAAGAAGAGAAAAAGGAAGAAGGGGAAAAAGUAGAAGAAGGGGAAAAGGAAGAAGAGGAAAAGAUUGAGAUGACAAAAGAAGAUGAAGAAAAGUGUGUCUGGGAGCACCUGUUUACAGGCAUCUUCAGGCCCGGAUUGGAGUCUUUGCCAUCUCCAGGCCUGGCCAGGUGGCUGGCCACACCUUAA